AAUUAAUAAAUAAUUCCUUCAAAAAGGCAAAAAGCUUCAAGAAUGGAACGUUCCCUAAAGUCUAAAAUUGUUCAAAAGUUGGAAAGAAAAGAUGUGGAAAAAAAUAGAAGGAAUCAUAUGAAGAAUCUCUAUAAUCAACUUCAUUCCAUGCUUCCUACUCAUGCCUCUACCUCUAAGGAAACAACAAUGACAGUGUCAGAUCUAAUAGAUGCAACGGUGAAUUACGUAAAGAGCUCGAAAAUGAAUUUGGAGAAGAGCAAGAAAGACUUGGAAGAACUGAAAUUGGGCAAAAAGAGAGCCCAAUCACUCAAUGCAGCUAAUGAGCCCAGCUCAAGCACAAAGUCAACUUCGCAGAUAGAAUUUCAUGAAAUGGGCCCAAAUAUGAUCGUGGUUUUAAUAACUGGCCUUUACAAUAUAGCCACUUUUAAUAACAUCAUUCGAUUAUGCCACGAGACUGAAGGUGUUGAAGUUUUGUCUACCAACUUUCAACUCAAUGGAAACUCUACACUUCAGAUUUCUUUUGAAACUCAGGUGCAGAUCGACACAAAUUCAACAAUGGAAUUUAAAGCCACAACUUUGUGUGAUAAGAUCAAGGAGUUGAUUUAUGGACCAUCUUGCAACAAUGACAUGAUAAUAUCCCAACAACAUUUAUGGGACUACAAAAUUGAAUUUGAUGCACUGGAAUUAUUACCAACAAUAAAUCAAAAUCCAAACAUGUAUAAUUACAUGCAAAAUGUUUAUGAAACUCAUAGUUUUUUCUAA